GUUGUUGUUAAUAAUGGAAGAAUUGUUACAUCUGGGUCAAUUUCAGAAUUACGUAAUUCAGGAACAUUGGCCUCGAUCCUUGAUGAGAAUGAUGAUCAAUCAGAAUUCGAGAAUUCCGUUGAACUAGCCGCGGAAAAUGCUGUUAAAGUAAGUAAUAAUUCCGAACAGUCAUCCACACCUGGUCACAACGCCGAUUCAUCAACUGAGGAUGAUUCACAACCAAUAAAAAAAGUCUCUAAACCAAAAGUUCUUGUCGAAGAAGAAGAGAGACAAACUGGCAUGGUUAAGUUUAAGAUUUACAAGUCUUAUUUCCGCGCAAAUGGAAAUAUACUUUAUUGGUUAUUCUUUAUCGGAGUAUUUAUUGCAACUAGAGUAAUGCAAAUAAUGGAAAAUUGGUGGCUUCAAGUUUGGUCAAAUGCUAAAAACGAGACAACACCGUCACUUUUCAAUUUUGUUCGACAAGAUAAUUUAGUUAUGAUAGAUGGAAUAUUCGACGAUAUUUAUAAGUCACAUAGCAUUGAUUAUUAUUUAAAUAUUUACGUGUUAAUUACAUUAUUAUCAAUUGUCAUUGGCUUCUUGCGUUUUGUUUGGCUUUAUUACGGAUCUUUAAAGGCAUCUGAAAAACUUUAUCGAAAAUUACUUCAUCAA